GUGCGCAUUUAGCACAUGGAAGGGGAAGGUUAUCGACACAAGCGACUCAGCAAACAUCGAGAUGCCGUCAGUCUUCUAAAUAUUCGGAAUUAUUCUCUAGACCUCCUGGGGAACAAUUAUAAAAAGAUGAUGAGAUUUACAGUGGCAAUCUAUAAACAUUUUACAAAGACAAGACCACUUUUGACAUAUGCAUCUGAAAGCAUUUUAUGUAAUCCCAAGAGAUACUGCCCGGGGAUAUGCUCUGCAAGAAUAGUUUAUUGGACUAAAAGUGUGCUUAACAAUGCAUCAGACAAAGCUCCCAGGUCUUCCUUUCUGAUGUUUUGUGAAAGUCAGUGUUAUUCUAGGUGUAGAUUGGACUACAGAGAACAGAAAGCCAGUGGCAACAGGAAUAGGAGGCUCUAUGCAUAUCCAUUGUUUGCUCUUGCACUGUUUCAAAGCAAAAAGGAUGAAGAAGAAGAAAAGAAGCAGGAAUCAGAAUUGAUAAUGAUGAUUAAAAGAGGAGUUUUGGCUAUACAGAGAGCCGAGUUGAAUAAAGCAGAACAGCUUUUGCAUGUUGCUUUGAAGACAGCACAAGAAACACAGAAUCACCAGGCAGUAACAUACAUCUAUGACCUCCUAGCAAAUGUUGCAUAUCAAAAAGAAGAGUAUUCUAAAGCUGAAACUCUUUUUAAAGAAGUUUUAAAGCGUGUGCUUGCAGCUAUCUCCUCCUGUCGCCCGCUGAUGGAAGAAGAGUAUGAAAGGAGUUUGAGGAACUUGUCACGCAAGUUCCUUCAAGAUGUUUUUACUAGAAGGUAUUGCUGUUCUGUCCACUUUGUUUGGGUUAGUGUGCAGCCCUCUAUAAGUUAUGUCAGAGACUUGGUGGAUGGUGUUGACUUUAGGAGCAAGACACUUCUAUCUACUGAAUCAGUUAUUCAAGUUGGCCAACUCUGUCAACAGUAUUCCAAAGGCCAAGGACCUGUUGCUUCUUCUGGUCCAAUUUCUAUGCAUUAUAUUGUUAAUUCCCUAUAUCCCCAUUCUUAUCUAGUGAUGUGGGGAUGA